ACAAAACAUUAUAUAAAGCAGACCUCUUUAGCCUUGGGCUUAUUGCCACCUAAUAUUAUUCCAACAACUACUGAAUACAGGAUGCUAUGGAUACUCUUUCUGGGGCUAAUGGGAUCAGCGAUUGCCGGUGACGCGAAGCAUGGAUCGUACUUGAUAACUGGUGCACAGAGCGUGCAGCCUGGGAUGCCGUACACCAUCAGCGUGGACGUCCUCAACACCAGCGACGUGGUGCACGUCAAGGCGGAGCUACAGAGGACCUGGUACAACCACUCACACUUCGUCAGAGUACCGGUCACCGCGGCCCAAGGCGUCUUCACGAAAGGUGUGGCCGGACCGUUAACGCUACAGAUUCCCAAUGACCUGGCUUCAAGUAACUACAAAGUUCACGUGAUCGGGACUCGUGGCCUGAAUUUCGAAGGAGACCUGCCCGUCUACGUCAUCACCCAGUCCGUGUCCAUACUGGUGCAGACGGACAAAGCUAUGUACAAACCCGGACAGACAGUUCACUACAGAACGUUUGCUGUCAAUCCGGAUUUGAAAAUAUUCCAAGGCGCAUUUAACGUGGACAUCUUUGAUCCCAAAGGGAACCAGAUCAAGCGCUGGACCAAUUUGAGAGACUCUUCAGGGGUGGUUGCUGGGGAGGUGCUGCUCUCCGACCAACCCGUUACCGGAGACUGGAGGAUUAGUGUGAAGAUACCGACGCUAAACGUCCAAUACUCGAAGACAUUCACGGUGGCACAAUACGUGUUGCCUCGCUUCGAGGUUAUAGUUGACCUUCCACCCUUUGCGUUAACCUCUGACACCAGCCUGACCGGAACUAUUAAAGCCAAGUACACUUUUGGAAAACCGGUGAAAGGUAUGGCAGAAAUACGUGUCCAUGUGGAUCAAGACAACGAUUACUGUGGAAGACCACCCAAACACGUUGAACUGGCAUUCCCGAUUGACGGUGAAGCUAAGUUCAACAUGCCGACAGCCGACGUCCGUCGUCUUCGUGGUUCACUGGCUAAUCAACGCUUCGUCGUGGACGCCUCCGUCAAAGCGGAACUCACGGGAACAAAGCUGCAUGGAUCCAGCAAGAUAGAAUUCUUCUCUCAUCCAUACAAGAUCGAAUUUUUGGCAUCAAGUCCGCAUUACUUCAGACCCGGCCUGCCUUAUAAAGCAAAUUUGAAGGUGUCUCAACAAGACGGCACGCCGGUAGCCGCGUCGAGCGACCCGGUCCGCGUGUACACGUGCGUGCACUACCGCAUGUAUACUGCCGACCAAAAGUACUACUCGUGUUCCUCGUUCUCCGGGACGACGUAUCUACCUGGCGAGAACUACACGCUGCCGGCGUCCGGCGUCCUCGCCGUCGACAUGCACAUCCCCGACAACACCACGUCCUUAGACAUCAAGGCUCACUACAAGGACAUACACGCCUCCCUAACGGUGAACAUGGUUAACUCUGACAGUAAAAACUAUAUCCAGCUGGCGAUGGUGAACAGUGGAGUUAAGGCUGGAGAGGUGGCAAAGUUCAAGGUUUAUCACACCGAGCCGCUUUCUGUUAUCAAGUAUGAGGUUUUGUCUCGAGGAAGAGUCCUUAUCGCUAGCCAAGUAACAGUGAAUGUGCAAGAUUUGGUUUUAAUACAUGUGCCAGUAACUACGUCAAUGUCACCUUCGUCACAUAUUCUUGUGUACUACGUCAGAGAAAACGGGGAGGUCGUUGCUGAUUCUCUGGCAUUUGAAGUGCAAGGAGUAUUUAAUAACAAGGUGUCCGUCAAGUUCAGCAAGAACUCGUCAGAGCCUCACAAGGUCAUCGAAGUCCACGUGACCGCUGACCCUAAGUCGCAGGUCAAUCUGCUCGCUGUUGACCAAAGUGUGCUUCUACUUAAAAGCGGAAAUGACAUAACUACUGAUGAAGUGACAGGUAAAUUGAAGAGUUUCGACAAGGGUAAACAACCCGACUUCAGCGAAGAUGUACACGCUGUCUCCACAGGGGCAUCAAAUGCUAGAGGGAUAUUCCAGAAUGCUGGUGUAAUAGUGUUUUCCGACGCCAAGUUUGAUUUUUAUCAACCAUACAUACCCUCACGCCCUGGCAUGAUGGGAGGAGGUUACCCAACUGUUUAUCACUUCGUCAUCCCGAGAUCUCGAAUCAAAUCAUCCAGUUCCUACUGGUUUGGAAAGUGUGGUUGCUUUCUUUUCUUCGUCAGUAUAACCAACUGUGCUCUAGUGGUGUCGUUAAUCAAAACAAACUUUACUUUAGCUAGCAAACAAACAUCUCUCCGUUCUAAUUAUAGCCGGUUUGCGGCAUCACUACCACCGACAAGAGUUUCGAUGCAGAACGGAAAGCCUGUCCUGAAAGAAGUGGAGCGAGUUCGAAACCUCUUUCCCGAGACAUGGCUAUGGGUCAAUAAAACAGUUGGUGCCAACGGGUAUAUAGAUAUCUCUACGACAAUCCCAGACACCAUUACGUCAUGGAUUGCCAGCGCCUUUGCUGUCAACGCUGUCACUGGACUCGGCAUAGCACCAACAACCACAAAGGUACAAGUGUUCCGUCCGUUCUUCGUCAGUUUGAACAUGCCCAGUUCCGUUGUCCGUGGGGAACACGUCGUCAUCCAGGCUAAUGUCUUCAAUUACCUCACACAUGACGUUGAUGUCGUCGUGUCCACGCCGAUGUCGACGGACUACGUCAAUAUCGUAAUUGACCGCAAUGGGAAGGUGCAUACCGAAUCUGCAGACCAGAAAUUCGUUGCCACUGUACAAUCUGGAAAAGCUCACUCUGUUUACAUUCCCAUCAUUCCCUCUGUUCUGGGAAGUAUUGAUAUUGAAGUUUCAGCCAGGUCUACUCUCGCUGCAGACGCUGUUAGACGGCAGCUACAAGUUUUACCUGAAGGCGUACCAAAGGAAUAUAGUACUCCGAUUUAUAUUGACCUGGAGAACGGUGUCAAAUCUUUCAGCAAGCACAUCAAUGUUACCCUACCACAGUCACUAGUGUCCGGCUCACAAAAAGCUGUUAUUAAAGUUACAGGUGAUCUGAUUGGACCAAGUAUACACGGACUGGAAUCUCUGGUCAAACUGCCCACUGGAUGCGGAGAACAAAACAUGAUGAAGUUUGCACCAGACGUGUUCGUGGCAGACUACCUGACAGCGACAAACCAGAUGACGCAAGCCCUGUCAAGCAAAAUUACUACUUACCUGGAAUUAGGUUAUCAGAGAGAACUCACUUACCAGAGGACAGACGGAUCAUUCAGUGCGUUCGGAGAACGAGACGAGGCCGGCAGCAUGUGGCUGACUGCUUUUGUGAGUCGUGUGUUCCAUCAAGCCAAGUCUUACAUUUUCGUGGACAGUCGUACGGUUGAACGGGCAGUACGGUGGAUAACGAGCAGACAGAACACUAAGGGGUCGUUCUCGGAGAUUGGAAACAUACUUGACAGACAAAUGCAUAACACGAUGAAGUCUGGGCCCGCCUUGACAGCGUAUGUAUUAUUGGCGCUUUUGGAGAAUCGAGGAUUGGCUCCUUAUGCCUCAUCUCUCUAUUACGCCGUGGGCAACGCUACUGUGAACGCCACCGCUUACCUGGAGUCCGCUAUCCCGAGCAUCUCCGACAGUUUCACGCUGGCUAUUGUUAGCUACACUUUAACCAAGGCCGGCAGUUCACACGCAGACGCUGUGUUCAACAAGCUCACAGCUCUAGCACACGUUCAUGAUGGAAUGAAAUUCUGGACUGACACGCCAACGUCACCAGCCAAGUCCUACCCAUCAUGGUAUCCUCCACACGAGUCGGCUAGACCAAUCGACAUCCAGAGCACAUCGUACGCUCUCCUAACGUACGCUGCUAGACACGAUAUCAUUGGUGGAAUGCAGGUGUUGAAAUGGCUGACCAAUCAGAGAAACCCAUAUGGAGGGUUUGCCUCAACCCAGGACACCAUCGUUGGUUUAGAAGCACUGACGACCUUUGCCCGUCAGGCACACCCAGCGGGUUAUAGUAUCAACAUUGACGUCACAUCCGGAAGCGAAUCACAUCACUUGUCUAUUCAAGACAACAACUCACUAAAUUUACAGACUCGAAGUUUAGCUACUUUUCCGUCCGAAGUCACUUUCAAGGCCACAGGGCGUGGUGUAGCAAUAGCCGAGCUGGAUGUGUUUUUUAACGUGGACGCUGACAUCGCCGACCCCGCCUUCGAUGUGAACACAGUGUUGUUGGAUGACACUCUCAACACGUUCAGACUGAUGGUGUGCACCAAAUGGCUGCUGCCUGGUAAAAGCGGCAUGGCGGUGCAGGAGAUAGGCAUCCCGUCCGGGUUUGAACCUGACGUCAGUUCUAUCGGAGAUGUGGCAGGGAUCAAGCGAGUGGAACGCAGAGGAAGAAAUGUCGUCGUCUACUUUGACGAGAUUGGCCCGACGUCAGUUUGUUUUGACAUGAUAUCCACGAGAACUGGCAUGGUAGCACACACCCAGAAGAGUUACGUCACGGUCUACGAUUACUACGAACCCAGUAACCAGGCUUCUGUGUUCUACGAGCCGCGGAGCCUGAAGGAUGCUACAGUGUGUGACGUGUGCAGAGACUGCUGUCCCUGAACAAAUGUGGUGUGCUCAGGGGCGGAUCCACGAAAUAUUUUGGGGUAGGGGACUAUGGUGGAAAAGAGAACAUGGAUCAACUUUUGAUUGGGGCAGUCCAAUUAAUGUAUUUUUAAAAGCCAUAUAUUAGAAGAAUGUUGGUCCCUUGGUUGCCCCCUCCCUCUCCCCCACAGACACCUGGAUCCGCCUCUGUGAUCAAUGAAACUCGAUCAUCUAGAUAUGAAUGUCCAUCUUGCUUAAUAAAAUCUUAAAUGACA